AUGGAAAACAUCAGUGCAUCUGGACACCCUCCAACCUCAACUGAUGAAGAGCAUGGAGUAAAAGCUCCAAGUACUGAGAGAAAUCCUCAGACAAAUCCUAUGUCUUCUCCUCCUGUUGUUCCUACAAAGAAGAGGAAAGAGGUGGAGUCUAGAUCCAAAGUAUGGGAUCAUUUUGAAAAGAUCUGUGGUCCUGUAGGUGAAGGUGAUACUGAGGGACCAGUAGUUAAGGGCAAAUGCCUUUAUUGUGCAAAAAUUUAUAAAUGUGAAAGUAAAAAAGCAUGGCACUUCCUCAUUGAGAAACCAUAUGGUGGCCUGCCUAAAAAAAUUCACAUUCUAAGGAUACAAGGCAGUCUCUUCUCACCUUUAAUGAGGUUUAUACCUCUGGAACAGAAGCUUCUGAGGGGGUUUUGGGGACUUGGGUUUUCAACCAAGAGGCUAUUAGGAGGGUGGACCAUUUCUAGAGACAUUUACCAGAUUUACCUAGAUGAGAGACUAAGCCUAAAAAAGUUGUUUAGUGUGAGCACCCAAAAGGUCAGCUUGACCACUGAUACAUGGACCUCUGUCCAAAGGAUAAAUUACAUAUGCAUUACUGCACAUUUCAUUGAUGAUCAGUGGAAGCUUAACAAAAAGAUCAUUUCCUUUGUCCCAAUUUCUUCUCAUAAGGGAGAGUACAUAGCCAAAGCCCUUGAGAGUUGUCUUCUUGAUUGGGGGAUUAAAAAUGUCUUCACUGUUACUAUUGAUAAUGCCUCUUCAAAUGACACAGCUUUGGGGUUUUUCAAGAACAAACUUGUGUCUUCGGAUGGGUCUUCUGUUAGGGUUCAAUAUAUGCACAUGAGGUGCAUAGCCCAUGUGUUGAACUUAGUGGUCCAGGAUGGGUUGAGAUAUGCAGGUCCUUCUGUUAAGAAAGUUAGAGAUGUUGUGAGAUGGGUGAGGAGUUCUCCUGCCAGACUCAAGAAGUUUGGAGAGCUUGCUGUGCUUAAUGGGGUGGAAGCCAAAUGUGCAUUACAACUUGAUGUUCCAACAAGAUGGAACAGCACAUACAUGAUGCUCAACACUGCCCUUCAAUACCAGAGGGCCUUUGAAGCUUAUGAGAAUGAUUCCUCAAUGAGUGCUGACUUAUAUGAUUCUAUUCCAAAUUUUAUGGAUUGGCUUUCUGUGCAAAGCUUAGUCCAUUUUCUUAAAGGCUUCUAUGAGAUGACCGUGAGAAUAUCUGGUUCUCUCUAUGUCACUUCAAAUACUUUCUUUCUGAGAUUUCUGACUUAG